UUGGACACGCAGCAGCUGGGUGAGUGGUAGUGGUCAGAUAAGCAUCUGUGCUUUUGUGGGGACUCCGGGGCCGCUAGGCACCCAGGACACUUGUCCUCUCUCCGCCAUGUACAAUGGGUCGUGCUGCCUCAUUGAGGGGGACCCCAUCGCCCAGGUGAUGCCGCCACUGCUCAUUCUGGCCUUCGUGCUGGGCGCCCUGGGCAACGGGCUGGCCCUGUGUGGCUUUUGCUUUCACAUGAAGACCUGGAAGCCGAGCACGAUCUACCUUUUCAACUUGGCCGUGGCCGAUUUCCUCCUCAUAGUCUGCCUGCCCUUUCGGACGGACUACUACCGCAGACAGCGACACUGGGCGUUUGAGGAUAUUCCCUGCCGGGUGGUGCUGUUCAUGAUGGCCAUGAACAGGGCUGGGAGCAUCGUCUUCCUCACGGUGGUGGCUGUGGACAGGUAUUUCAAGGUGGUGCACCCCCACCACAUGGUGAAUGCCAUCUCCAACCGCACGGCGGCCAGCAUUGUCUGUGUCCUUUGGACCAUAGUCAUCCUGGGGACUCUACAUCUUUUGAUGGAGAACCACCUGUGUGUGCAAGAGAAGUCGGUGUCUUGUGAGAGCUUCAUCAUGGAGUCUGCCAAUGGCUGGCAUGACAUUAUGUUCCAGCUGGAGUUCUUUUUGCCUCUUGGCAUCAUCUUGUUUUGCUCCUUCAAGAUUGUCUGGAGCCUGAAGCAGAGGCAGCAGCUGGCCAGACAGACACGGAUGAAGAAGGCCAUCCGGUUCAUCAUGGUGGUGGCUGUUGUGUUCGUCACGGGCUACCUGCCCAGCGUGUCAGCCAGACUGUAUUUCCUCUGGACAGUGCCCUGGAGUGCCUGUGACCCCUCUGUCCACCUAGCCCUACACGUCACCCUCAGUUUCACCUACAUGAACAGCAUGCUGGACCCCUUGGUGUAUUACUUUUCAAGUCCCUCGUUCCCCAAAUUCUACACCAAGCUCAAAAUGCGCAAUUUGAGACCCAGGCAGCCAGGAGACCCAAAGACACCAAGGCCGGAAGAGAUGCCAAUUUCAGACCUCUGUCGCAAGAGUGGCGUCAGCGUGGCAAGUAGUUUCCAAAGCCAGUCUGAUGUUCAGUGGGAUCUCCAAAUGUGUUGAAUGGCACUAAGUCAAC